AUGGCCGUGUUAACGCAUCUACUCGGCCUUGGCCUUGGCCUCAUCCAGCUCGCCGCCGCCGUAGGCAUUGACGACAGCCUGCCAUCGUAUCAUUACGGUGCUCCUAUCCAGGUCGAGUGCAUGAACCGCAGCUCAGACACGGGCGAACACCUCGAAGACGCGAAUCACCAGCUCAUCUGGAUCCCGUUCCCCGAAUGCAGCGAGACGGGCAAGCCGCUCGAGUUCGCCUACGGCAUCGAAAGCGAGGUCAACUGCACGAUCCCCAUGAUCGACGACCCCUUCUUCCACCUCCUCGAGUUCUACAUCCACAACGACGCGCCGCUCUCGUGCCGGCUCCCCUCGCGGCCGGCGCCCCACGUCGAGAUUGCGGGCCAGAAGCCGCCGGAGCGCGAGUACGUGCCGCUCGUCUUCGCGCUCGCCGGCACCCUCCAGCUGUCGCACCUGCACAUCAGCACGCACCUCAACGUGCUCCUGCACUCGGUGCCCAAGCACCACAUCCACCCGCACGACUCGGGCGUCCUCGACUCGGGCGCCGCCUACAGCACGAGCCCGCUGAGCCACAUGCAGGGCACCGCCUCGAAGCGCCUCGUCAUCGGCGACCCCCUGCCGCUCUCCUUCUCCGUCCGCUGGUUCCCGACGCCAGCGCUGCCCAAGACGGAGGGCACCGUCGAGUGGCAGGGCAUGGGCGGCCACAUUUACGCGAGUACCGUCUUCUACAGCAUUGUCAGCUUCGGCGCCGGCGUCACCGUGGCCGGCGCCUACUUCCUCGGCGUCGUGCUGCCCAAAAGGCUGAAGAACAGGACCCUCGGCGGCGCGACGCCGCUGGGCUACGGUGUCAACGGCGUUGGCGUCGGGAACGGAUGGGGGUACUCGAAGGCUUCGAAGCGUCUCGACUGA